AUUGAUCUCCUACCACUUAACUCAGGUGGAGCCUCCAGCCCAGCACCAGUUGGUUCCUUCUUAUGUCCUUCUCUCUAGACUGGAUGGUUAUCCUUAAGGCUUUUUAGGGUCCUGAUGCUGUUCGUGAGACGACCAUUCUGUAUAAGCUCAAGCUUGAAGAGAUUGUGACUACUAUUCCCACAAUUGAGUUUAAUGUGGAGACUGUGGAGCAUAAGAACAGUAGCUUCACCGUUUUGGAUUUUCUUUAUUGUUUCGGCCCAGGUAGAAGCACUGACUAAUCAGGAAGAAGUUGAAUUGCGUUCCAAGAUUGAGGCCCUUGGGUUGGAGGUUAGGAAAGUCCCUUCAAAAUCCAUCCAGAGCCUUGAUGAGGGAAUCGGAUAAAUUUUGGGCAAAGUUGAAUGGUGUGGAUGAUAUGAUCUUCAGCCACAGCCUUAGAUGCAGAGGUGCAGUCUCUCUUGAGCAGUAGUGCCAAUUUAAGGAUGGUCGUUAUUACUGCCACUGCUGAUGAGCAACGGCACUUGACAGGGACAUCAUCAAUUGGGGAGUAUAGUCAUCAGGUCAGAAGAAAAAAUUUCCAAUUACAUUCUCAACUUAUUUUAAUUUUAAUGGAAAUGUGACUAGAAGAUCUUAAAUAUCUUCGAACUUUUUUUAAAAUCUUUUCCCUGAAUUUACCAUGUAACGAGUUAGGCCGUCUCUAAUUGGGGCAACACAAGCGUUACCCUUUUAGCCCAUCGGAGUGGGAGAUGGUUUCCCUGGUAAACGCUUGUGGUACCGUAACCUAAAUGUAACUCCAUUUUAUUUUUCUCUUUACUCCAUAUAUUAUUUUAAGUUUAGGAAUCUGAGUGUAUGAUAGUGCAAUUUGUAGAGCCAAUCUUUUUUUUAUAAUCUUUUAUACAAUUUUUACAUAAAUGAAUUAAAAGAGCUAAU